AUGAUUCAAGAUCUUCAAAAACACAACUUUUCUUACACUAAUUUUAUUUUAAGUGGAUUUCCGGGAUUUUUGGAAAAAAGACAGCUUCUUUUUGUUCCUUUUUCUCUUUUAUUUAUACUGGCAGUAGUUGCAAAUUCUGUAAUCAUUCACACGAUCAGAACUGCAAAUACCCUGCAGUCACCUAUGUAUAUCUUAAUAUGUACAAUAGCAGUCGUAGAUUUAUCUAUACCAAUGACCUUUGCUCCAAAAAUGCUGUUGGGUUUUUUAUUUGAUUGGAAUGAAAUUUCUCUUGUUGGCUGUCUUGUUCAGAUGUUUUUUGUUCACUUGACAAGCUCAUUUCAGUCAACUGUACUUCUAGUAAUGGCUUUGGAUCGCUAUGUUGCAAUAUGUAAUCCACUGCGUUAUAAUGAUUAUAUUAAUAACUCUACUUUGAUGAAGAUGUUUGUAGCAGUUGUAAUAAGAAAUAGCAUUUUCAUUAUUAUCUUUACUGUCGCUGCAGGUUAUUUAACAUUCUGUAUGUCAAAUGUGAUUGAGAAUUGCUACUGUGAUCACAUGUCUUUGGUAAGUUUGGCUUGUGAGAACACUUUAAAAAAUAACAUCAUGGGCUUAGUAGCCAUCAUUUUUUUAACGGUUGUGGACUUGCUAUUUAUUUUCUUCUCCUAUAUUAACAUUUUUCAUGCAGUCUUCAGAACAGCCUCUGGAAAAGCAAGACAAAAAGCCAUUCACACCUGUAGUACACAUUUAAUUGUUAUCCUUAUGAGUUAUCUUUUAGCUUUGUGCUCAUUCCUUGCAUAUCGGGUCAAAAAUUCUAUUUCAACAGAUGCUCACAUUCUAGUAAAUGUGCUCUACUUAAUAUUACCCAGCUGCUUCAACCCAGUUAUCUAUGGUGUCAGAACAAAGGAAAUUAGAGAAUUAAUUCUACAGAAAAUAAAAGGAGGAAAAAUGUCUUCUGUUUCAACAAUAGCCCAGGAAGUAACAACUGAAAAAAAAUAA